AUGUUCACGGUUAUAGGUGUGUGCACUACCUCAAAGAUCCCCUUGCACCAUAUGAACACAAUCUUUCUGUGCAGGUAUAUUUUUAUGGCAGCCAACAUCCUGGCGACCCUGAUGAUCAUAGUCUUCCUGGUGGCCUUCCUGGUGGUCCGCUUCAAAACCGUCAUAGAAGCGCUGCUUCUGCGAUUGUUUGACUACAGGAUCCCAGUGUUCCUUGGCUAUGCUGACGACGAUUAUGGUUUUGUCAGAAAUAUUUUGUUGCCGUUCCUGGAAGGUGAGCUCCAGCAGACCACAUACGUACACCAGCGAGACUUGAGAGGUGGCUUCACGGACCAGCAGUUCUUCGAUGCCAUCAGAAACAGUUGGCGUGUCCUCCUUGUCCUCUCCAGAAAUUUCCUCACGAAGUAUGACAAGGCACACAAUGUCAUGACGUAUGCCAGUCACUCGGUGACAGCUGUCAAUCAGCAUCGUCUGUUUGUGCUGCUAGAGGAGAGCCAGGUGCAUGCUAUCCCCGACUACCUGGAUGGAUUGUUGGAUGACACGACUAUCAUCCCUCUGCCAGACCUGCAGCAACCGCUGACCUACCAGCAGAAGCAGAUGAUCAUAGAAUGCCUCCGACCAACACAGUAA